AUGAUUCCGUUGUUGUCGAUCUUAGUUGCAUUGGCUAGUCUGAACUUUUGCCUGUUCCGCAGGCGUCGACAUCGAACCGUCGAAGACGAAGAGUGUGCAAAGAUUUUCGAACAGGAACCUACAUAUUAUUGGCAUGAAGAAAAGAAUGAUAGUCAACCUGUACAGAUACAAAGAGUUGAAACGGUCCGUUGUGGUUGUAUCAUCGGAGCUGACGGCGCCGGUGCAUUGACUGCCAUUGUACUUGCCAAUAAAAACCCAGGCGUUCAGUUUUAUGUUGUGGAUAGCGACCCGCGAAUCAUCGAUGCAUGGAAUUCCGACCAUCUUCCUAUCUCCGAACCCCAGCUAGAGGAGCUGCUCUUCGAGGUAAACAGCGGUUUGCCGGAAUUGGAACAUAGGGAAUUCCUUGGAGAGCCAGAACAUACGACCGGUGACCUGGACCUAGACCUGGAGGCGCAGUUGCCGAGUGUGCGAAGAUUGUCCAACAUCACCUUCUCCACAGAUGUCCAUAGUGGCAUUCGCGCAGCAGAUGCUAUCUUUUUAUGCACUGAGCCUUCUCAUGGGCAGCAUAUCGCCGAAGAAACGUCUGGUGUGGACAUGUCGAUGAUGGAUGGGAUGAUUCAGGCCAUUGCUCAAGUGUCCACUGGCCACAAGAUCAUUGUUCACAAAGGCAGCGCACCAUAUGGGACUGCAAAGAGAAUCCAGAGCCUGCUGGAAGAAAGCGCCUCACCAACCGCCUCCUUCGAUGUCUUUUCCAACCCCGAUUUUCUGCUCCCCGGUUCGGAGCUGGAAGGCCUGCUCUAUCCUCAACGCGUGAUUAUCGGCCAUGCUCCAAAGACGGUAUUCCCCGAGUCGGUGAUCGCGUUAAAGAGACUGUAUAUGUCAUGGAUCCCGGAACAACGGAUAAUCACCAUGGACGCAUGGUCAUCGGAACUGGGGAAGAUUGCGGCCAAUGUUCUGUUGACUCAACAGGUGACCAGUCUCUGUUCACUGAGUAUUAUCUGUCAACAUACCGACGCCCAGCUUGAUCAUGUUACGGGGUCCCUUGGUAUCGACAGUCCGACUGGGAUAGGGGACUGGGACGGACGAUUGUACAGCGAUGUUCAAUGCCUGGUGUAUUUGGCCAAGGAACUUGGUUUGCAUGAAGUCGCAGAGUAUUGGAAGAGUGUGCUUCAAAUAAGAGACUUCUAUAUCCGCCAUAUAGCGAAUCGACUUGUCCAGAAACUACCGGAAUUUGGGACGAGACGUGUCGCACUUAUUGGAUCGGGCCGUCCAGGUAUGAUAAACACAGUUCAACAGGUGGCACAGGACUUAUCCCAACGCGGGAUAGGAGUAAAUAUCUUCGGGGCUGCGGACUCGUCUGUCCAACUCACGGGAAAUUCCCCUUCGGAAGAUACGGCUCCAGGGAAAAUCGCGUUCACAGAGACCCUGGAAGAGGCAUGCAGGGGCUGCAGUAUCGUGUGUCAACUGAGCGGCAGUGCUACUUAUAAACUGCAUGAAGAAUGGCAGCACAUUGAGCCAACCAUGGAGCCGCCUAGGCUGUUUAUGAACCAGAGCUGUACUGUCGAGCAGAAGAGGAUGCGUCGAAACGGAUUUCAAGCGCUCCCUGCAGUCAUGGGCAUGUGGUUAAAUGAUGUACUUUGUUUUAGCCGAGACUUGUCCCGCCAGGGCCACAUAAUAUCCAUCAAGACCCACAAUGAAUGA